CUGCCCUCGCUGCCAGCUCUCUCACAAUGGGUGAACCAACCGCCACCUCCACCACGGAGGCCCAGCCGGACAAUGUCAUCCAGCGAAAAUGGUACCGCACAACCCUCUUCAACGCCUUCGUCAUCGGCGCAGUCGGCUUCCUCGCCCCGGGCCUGUGGAACGCCAUGUCCUCGCUGGGCGCCGGUGGUGCGCAGGAACCCUACCUCGUCAACGCGGCGAACGCCCUCGUCUUUGGGCUCAUGGGCUUCCUCUGCCUCUUCGGCGGACCCAUCGCAAACCGCAUCGGAUUAGCCUGGACGCUCUUUCUCGGCGCAGUCGGGUACCCGGUCUACUCGGCGGGUCUGUACACGAAUAACCGCUUCGGGAACGAGUGGCUUGUCCUCGUGGGCGCGGUGACGUGUGGUGUUUCCGCGGGACUCUUCUGGGCGAGCGAGGGCGCUGUUGCGUUGGGAUAUCCUGAGCCGCAUAAGCGUGGACGAUAUAUGAACAUCUGGCUGUGGUUCCGAACUGGUGGGCCGCUUGUCGGUGGAGCGAUUGUCCUCGCGCUGAAUAACGAUGCCUCGGCCGUGAAGAAGGGGUCCGUCGACGCGCAAACAUACCUCAUCUUCGUGGCACUGCAGUGCGUCGCUGCCCCAGUGGCUCUCCUCCUCUCACCCCCCGAAAAGGUCCAGCGCUCCGACGGGAGCAAAGUCAUCGUCCGCGCGGAAGCAAGCUUCGCAGCCGAAUUCCGCGCCCUGUACAGAGCAAGCAUGCGCCGCGACAUCCUCCUCCUCCUCCCAAUCUUCUGGGCGGCAUACUUCAACCAGUACUCGGGCAAUUUUCAAACAUACUACUUUGGCGUGCGCGCACGCGCCCUCAUCGGGUUCGUGAGCAACUUCGGCACCCUCCUCUCCUCGCAACUCAUCAGCACGCUGCUGGAUUACAAGGGCCUCCCCGUGAAACGCCGCAUCGAAUACGGGUUCUACUGGGUCGUGCUCUGGCACGUCAUCGCCUGGAUCUACGGGUGGGUCAUCCAGGAGAAAUAUACCGCGAACCCGCCCGCAUGGGACUGGGUCGAUCCCGGUUUCGUCGAGGGCUUCUUCGUCCUGCUGCUGUGGGAUUUCGCACGGCAGGCGCUGCAGAACUGGCUGUACUACUUCCUCGCGACCAAGACGGAUAAUAUCUCGGAACUCAGUCGGUUUUCGGGCAUCCUCCGCGGCCAGGAGAGCUUUGCGCAGGCGGUUAGUUUUGGGCUGAAUACCCGCGAGUGGAAGGGCGGGAGGGUGCCACUCGCUGUUAAUACGAUCUUGCUGGGUCUUGCUGUGUACCCGACCUGGGUGGCCAUGAGGGAGCAUGUCCCCGUUGAGGCAAAGGGGGAUACGGCGAGUGUGACGACCGACGAGGAGACGGGUGUGGCAACGGUCUCUGUCACGAAUCAGGACAAGGAGAGGCUUGCGGCUGGCCAGACUGGGGCUGGGGCAGGAAGCCAGGCGGCGAUCUAGGUCUGCAUGUUUGAAACAAUGUGGCGAGUCAGGGAACUCGAUCGGACAUUCUCUGGUGCUUCACCUUUGCGUGGAAAUAUAUCGAUAGUCGGUGUAUUGGCCUGAUUCCAUAGCUGCCGGUUGAGAACACGGGGAUCUAUAUAACGAUGAAUAUGAUAAGUCGAUCUGGGUCACAGUGAAGGAAAAGAAUCCGGUAGAAGGUGCAUGUAUGGUAUUCUAUAGAGAACUGUACGCUUCGAGACGGAUAAAUAGCACCUUGCUCUCCACCUAGUAUUCUUCCAUCCUAUGGCGCCAGUGUAUGUUAUUU